CGGUAUGCUAAGCUAAUAGGCUAACCGAUUAGCUUGUAAGCUAACUGGAGAAAAUAGAACAGAUAAAUCUUUUUUUAUUAUUGAACAAGCAGAAAUUGAACAAACACCUUCAGGAAUAGUGUAAAGAGCACUUCCACAAAAUUUCACAUUAAACAAACAACCAAGGAACCCAAGAAGGCAAAAGGAAAUCAAUUGUACACACCACUACUGUAACUCACAGCUGACAUUAAUUGUCCUAUAAAUCUUUAGUUUGUGAACUGGAAUUCUUGUCCAUCAUGGCAGUGGUGUUACGUACCUCUCCGCUCCUGUGGGCCCGUGUAGCCGCCAUGGUUUUCGCCUGUGUGGCAUUCAGCGUUGCUCUAUACGGAGCAGAACUAACCCACGGCACAGGUGACUGGUGUAUCUUCUGUUGGAGCUUCAGUUUUGUUGGAACUCUUUUGAUAGUCUUAGUGGAAAUGUUUGGCCUACAGACCCGUGCCCCUGUCUCCUGGAAGAACUUUCCCAUCACAUUUGCCUGCUACGCCUCCCUCCUCUGCCUCUCUGCCUCCAUCAUAUUUCCACUGUACUUCCUUAAAGGCUACACAGGUCGUAGCGAAAUGAUCAACUGCCGUAUUGUGUCUACGGUCUUUUCGUGCCUGGCCACCAUUGCAUACUUAAGCGAAGUAAGUCUCAGUAAGGCUCGUCCGGGCGAGGUGGUCGGUUACAUGGCCACAGCACCGGGGCUGCUGAAGGUGUGCGAGACCUUUGUUGCCUGUAUCAUAUUUGUCUUCAUCAGUGAGCCGGUUUCGUAUGACCAGAAUGGAGCAACCAAGUGGUGUCUGGCUGUCUACUGCAUAUGCUUCAUCUUUUCGGCAGCCGUCAUUGUGAUGUGUGUAGGCGAGUGCACAGGCUGCCUGCCCUUUUCCUUCGCCCGUUUCCUGUCCACAUAUGCCCUGCUGGCUGUGGGCAUGUAUCUGUCUGCCACUAUCAUAUGGCCCAUAUAUAAGUUUGAUAGUAAUCAUGGAGGCCAGAGCCGCAGACCCAAUAUCUGUGGCUCCAUCGCUGGCCUGUGCCCAUGGGACAAGCUACUGGCCAUCUCAGUGCUCAGUGCUCUUAAUUUCAUUCUGUAUCUGGCUGAUCUAAUCUACUCAGCUAGGCUGGUGUUUGUUACUGUUUAAGAAAGGGGUUUUUAGAAGGAGUAAGGUAAAGGAAAGAGCGUGUAUUUGAAAAAUAAGGGGGUAAGAGGGACAUGAAAGUGUGGUUUGGAGAGUGGUGAUGUUCAAAUGGUAGGUCAUGACUCAUGAACUACUGUAUAUUCAGUGUUAUUUUGCAAUAGCUUUGUUUUUUGGUUUUUGGUUUUGUUUUUAUGGUCAUGCCUGUUAAGAUGCCAAAGAAAAUGGGAGAAUUUUAGUUUUCAUUUGCAUAUCAGAUGCAUGACAAAAUGGUUCAUUUUGGUUGUUUUUUUCAUGUUUUACCUAUUUGUUACAUUUGACUCAUUUAUAAGCAUUUUUUUAAUAUUAUUUUUGCUUCAUUGUGCUUUUAAUGUUGCUUGCAUGAAGGACUCAUUUAUUAUAACUGUGUUGAGUUUGUGUGUGUUAAUGUCAAAUUCCAAUCUCCACAAAAACAUCCUUCUAUUAUUUUAGGAUAACUAGUGCUAGUUAAAAAACAUUUGCUUGCACUGAAUAUCUGUAAUAUGAUACUUAAAAUAUUUCAGUACAAUACACUGCUCUUUAAACAUAAUUGUCCUUUCUCCAUUUAUUCAUUCUUUUAAAUAUAACUUCUUUGACAUAAGACACAUUUAAGUUGAACAGAGAAGCAAAAUAAAUGAACAUUCAAGCCAUCUGUGGCAUUGUCUGACAUUAAUAUAUUGUUAUUCUUAUACAUAUUGUUAUGGAUUCAUAUUUAGAAGAUGCUGUUGCUAUGUGUGCACAUGGUAUAUGCGAGAAUCUUUAAAUGUUGUAGAUGUAUUUCCCCAUCAAAUCUUUAUAGAAACCUUUGCUGUUCUUUUGUAGACAUAAACACCUCAUGAGAAAAAAAAAAGCAAAUUAAAUGUUUGCUGUGCUGCCUGCGUCUCUGGGAUCUACAUGUGCCUGUCACAGACUGUUACAGUCCUCAAUGCUUGAAUGAGAAUGUUGUCAUUGUGUUAUCAAAAAGUGAGAGAGCUUGUGUGACAAUCUGCCUUCUCUCUCUCUGCUCAGCACACACUGCAGAGUUGUGCGAAUGUGUAAUCUAGCUCUGAAUAAAAGUAAUGAAAAGGAAACAA